AUGGCAUCAUCAGGUUUUUCACCAGCUUCACCACCUGUCUUCAAUGGAGAGGGCUUCAACAUUUGGGCAGUUAAGAUGAGGACUUACCUGCAGGCAUUCGACCUAUGGGAAGUUGUUAACUCAGAUGCUGAGCCAGCACCUCUUCGAGCUAAUCCAACAGUUGCUCAAAUAAGGCAACACACUGAUGAAAGAACAAAAAGGCACAAGGCCAUGUCAUGCAUACAGAAUUGUGUGACAGAUGUGAUCUUCAUGAGGAUCAUGGCCUGUGAAACACCAAAGGAGGCUUGGGACAAGCUGAAAGAAGAAUUUCAGGGGGCUGAGAGAACAAGGCAACAACAUCUGCUCAACUUGAGAAGGGAUUUUGAAAAUCUCAAAAUGAAAGAGGAAGAAACAGUCAAACAAUAUUUAGAUCGAAUUAUGGCUAUUGUAAACAGUAUAAGGCUCUUUGGAGAGCAAUUCAGUGAAGCUAGAAUAGUUGAGAAGGUCAUGUCCACUCUACUAGAGAGGUAUGAAGCUAAAAUUUCAUCCCUUGAAGACUCAAGGGACUUGACAAUUAUCUCCUUAACUAAGCUAAUCAAUGCCUUGUAUGCACAAGAGCAAAGAAGAGCCAGCAGACAAGAGGAGCACCAGGAAGGGGCUUUUCAAGCCAAAGAAGCCUCGAGCAUUAAAAGUCACAAAGGCAAAAAUUUCUGGAAAAACAGGCCUAAGCCUGAUGCUGAUAGGAGCAGUGACCAACUCUGCAGACAUUGUAAAAGAGCUGGUCAUCUAGAAGAUAGAUGCUGGUUUAGACCAGAUGCAGUAUGCCAACACUGCAAGAAAAAUGGCCACAUUGAGAAGGUUUACAAGAACCGAAGCAAACCAAGGCAGAUUCAAUUUCAGCAACAAAGGUAG